AUGCUGCUACUUAGGCUGAUUCUGGUGUUAAGCCUCUGCUGGAUAGCCAGGUGUGAUUUAUUAGACCUGUAUGUCCAGCACAUGGACGAGACCAUGAGGACCUUGGCCUACAGGAACAGGCAUCAUCCGAAAGAUAUUACGUUCAGGAUAAAGAGGAGCCUUCACGAAGAGCCGUUGCUCAGAGUGGGUACGUUCAAGAAACAGCGUCUGGACGUUGACAAAGAGUGGUACGCGCAAUGGAAGGCCAAAAGGAAGAUCCCGUACAAAGAGGACGGUUUGGACUUCCCGAAUUCGAGGGAGGAGAAUCUCGACCCGGAUCAACACGAGCUGGUGAACAAUACGAAUGGAAUAUUGAACAGAGAAUCGGAAGAAACGAGCACGAUGUCUGUGGAAAUGAACGAUACCGUAGACGUGUUCGACGUCGAAUUUUCAACGGAGGAAUUAUCGAGAUCGGACGAUACCGUGCUUGCCGAUCGGCAGAGUAUCGAGAAUCAGGAUUCAGCGGUCGAAUCACGCGAAGAGACUACAGAAACGAUGGAUUUCCAAGGAGACGACGAGAUCGAGGGGAAUUCUCAGUUCGAGAUGAUCAGCGAGACAGGCACAGCGGGACCAAGGCUGUUCGACGAUCCCAUCUUGAAGAGAAUUCCAAAGUCGCGGGACAGGGUACCCAAGAAGUACAUUCCGCCGACGGAUAAAUUGGCCAAGCUGUUACGCGGCACGAAGCAUCACGAUCACGAUGAAACCGUGGACAAUAGACCGAGAAGGAGCAUCAAGGAACCAAAGUUCACGAGGCAUGAGAAGCUGGACGACGACGGCGAGGUGAUCCUCGAGUGGGAUCCGUCCGACGACGAGAUGGUCACCUUCAAGGUCACCGCCAAGACCUUGGGAUACGUCGGGAUCGGAUUCAACGAGAAGAACCACAUGAAGGGGGCUGAUAUUCUGUUGGCUUGGGUGGACGAUCACACAGGCACCGUCAAUCUCCUGGACUCGCACGGUAUCGAGGACCCAGAGGCUGCACUGGUCACGGACACGUCUCAGGAUGUCAAGGUGCUGGGAGGCUCGCAGAACGAGACCCACACCAGCGUAAUCUUCUCGCGAAACUGGCAGACCUGCGAUCCUCAGGAUCAUCGGCUGACGGGAGACACGAUUAGAGUCCUCUGGGCGUUGCAUCCUAGCGAUCCAGAGUUGAACACCGCGAUUUGGCCGGGUGACAAGCGUGGUGGCAGAGCUUUGAGGCUCAAGACUCCUGCUCCGCAUGCUCCACCUCGACAAACGCAGGAUAUCAAACACUGGGACGUAAAAUUGAAUCAACCGCCAGUUUCAGACAACGUGGACACCACAUACUGGUGCAAGAUCUUCAAGGCGCCUCACAAAGAGAAGCACCACAUGAUCGGGUACACGCCGCUCGUUGAGAAAGAGAACGAAGAUCUGGUCCAUCAUAUAAUAUUGUACGAAUGUGCCUCGACUUUGCCGAUCUUAGGACAACAUGCUAGAAUCGUCGGAGCAUCGUGUUACAGUCCAACGAUGCCUCUAGAAUGGGAGUCGUGUUUGCAACCGGUGUUGGCCUGGGCCCGUGGUAGCACAGGUGAAUGGCUUCCGGAACACGUUGGAAUCCCCAUCGCGGAACACGCCGAAGGCUCUUAUUAUAUGCUAGAAGUGCACUAUAAUAACCCAACCAUGAAGAAGGUGGUAGAUAGUAGCGGUGUAAGGUUGCAUUUGACUCCGAAGCUUCGUCCGGAAGAAGCGGGAAUUCUCGUCGCCGGUGUGGCUGUUAGUCCUCUUCAUCUAAUCCCUCCUAGACAAAAGGCGUACGCUACUGCUGGUUACUGUACCCCUCAUUGCACGAAUACGAUGUUCCCCGAGGAAGGUGUGAACGUUGUUUCCGUGGCGUUGCACUCUCACUUGGCUGGUCGUCGACUUAGUCUAAAGCACAUCCGCCAGGGAAAGGAACUACCAAGAAUAGUUCAAGACAACCACUUCGACUUCGAGUACCAGCAGUCUCACACACUCGAGAAGGAAGUAAAAGUACUUCCGGGUGACGAAUUAGUGGCGGAAUGUGUUUACGGCACUUUAGACAGGACGAAGCCUACCCUGGGAGGAUACGCUGCUUCGCAGGAAAUGUGCCUCGCUUUCGUAGUUCAUUAUCCGAGAACUCCACUCGCUGCUUGUUACAGUAUGACACCCGUGAAGCAUCUAUUCAAGACACUCGGUGUGUAUAGCUUCAAAGGUGUCACUAUGGACCACUUGGAGAAACUUUUCCUCACGACCAGAGCGGAUGCUGUGAGUAUUCCUUUCACCGGUCAACAACAACUUCCCGUUUAUCCUGCAACGAGAGCAAGCGAGGAGAUCGACGAAGAUAUUAUAAAAGAGGCCAAGUCAGCGUUGAGGGCUAUGAGAGAUUACACGGUGGAGCAUGAGAACGAUAACGUCUUCUCUAGGUUGACCAUCGAGGAUCCAGAAGAGUUCAGAGGUCGAACUUUGGCGGAACACAUGCUUGCGAUGCCCUGGACAGAAGAACUCCUUGCAAGAUCCAUCGAGAAGAGCCUCUAUCAUGGCAGACACAUGACUUUCUGCAGAAAGAGGGACGACAAGCUUGCUUUGCCAGCAGAUAUUCAGACAUUCCCAAACUAUACAGCACUGCCAGAAACGAACGAAACGACGUGCAGCGAAAUGGCCUCGUUAUCCGUUGCAUCGAGGAACUCGUAUAUGUUUCUCGUUGCGUUUGUCACAAUUCUCAUCACGACGAUCGUAAUUUCUUAA